AUGAAGGUCGAUCCGGUAAACGUUCGUCCAGAUAUUUGCCAUCAGAGCUUACUUGCUUUGCUGGAUAGUCCACUAAAUAAGUCAGGUCAUUUACAAGUGUACGUCCAUACAACCAAAAACGUUCUCAUCGAAAUCAACUCGCACAUUCGUAUUCCCCGUACAUAUAAUCGUUUUGCCGGUCUAAUGGUCCAACUUCUCCACAAGGAGAAGGUCCGCAACACGGAUGGCGAUGAAACCCUCAUGAAAGUGAUUCAGGGCAGCGUCCCAUCGAUUAUUCCGGUGGACAGUCGUCGGUUUGCAACGUCAAUCACGGGUCGAAGUGUCGAUCCACUUGAGUUCGCACAAGUUUUGAGCAAUUGGGAUGAUGCGUCGGUGCAUUCGGACACGAUCGUUUUCUCCUUUGGAUGCUUUGCGGACGGCCACUCGAUUCCGAAUUACGCAGAGGAAACGAUUUCUGUGUCGAACUACCCGCUAAGCACUCCGGUGACGAUUAGUAAGCUGCUGAAUGCGUUUGAACACACCUGGGGCAUUUUGUAAGGCUUGUUGUUUUAGU